AUGAGCCACUCCUGGUCAUUGCUUUGUUCCUCUUCUCUCCACACGAAUCAGACAUAGAGAGAAACACAGAGAGAUAGAGGUAGCGAGGGUUUUCCAUCGGCCGCUUAAGCUCGUAUCCCUGUGUUUUUGGUGGACUUCACAAAAUGUCAAGCACAAACACAGAGGAUGUCAAGGAACAAGAACACGAAGAGAAGAUGCAGGUUGAUGGAGACUUCUCUGAGGAGGACCCAGAGCAUGCUGAAAAGAAUGUGGAAAAUCCUAUGCCGUCACCCCAGCAAGAGGAGGAAAUAAUCAAGAAAAAAUAUGGAGGAUUGCUACCAAAGAAGCCUCCACUGAUAUCGAAGGAUCAUGAACGUGCUUUCUUUGAUUCUGCUGAUUGGGCCUUGGGAAAGCAAGGGGCAAAGCCCAAAGGACCACUUGAGGCACUUCGGCCAAAAUUGCAGCCCACACCACACCAGCAAGUACGCUCUAGAAGAUCCGCUUAUGCUCCUACAGAGGACAGCGAAGAUGGAGGCAAUAAUAACACUAAUUCUGAAGAUCAGAGCAUCCAUGAGUAAUUGCUGGGGGACUGAGAUGUCCAUUUCCAUCCACAUAACGAGCAUUUAAAGUUGCUAAUGAGUCCUUUUCAUGCAUCCAAAUAAGUAACAUGUACUGGGUUCUGUAUUUGAUGUUGUACCAAGAAAUAGAAUUGGGCUCUACCUGAUAUGAGACUCCAAUCUACUAGCGUUAGCAUUUAGUUCUCUCUCCCCCCCCCUUUUCCUCCCGGCGGGAAAAUUAAGAAUGUAGCUGUUGUUAUUUUGUUAUGGCCUUGUGGGAGACUGAUUAAUCUUGUUGUGCCACUCUUUAUCUUCUAGGAAUUAGGAUUACCGUAUCCUAACCAUCCAGAUACAGAUGUUCAUUACUUAAAUGCUUAUAUAAAUUUGGUCCUAGUGAACUAUUCAGUGCUA